CAGCGAGCAGGGCCUCCCCGGAGCCGUCCCGCCCUGGGCUUCUGGAGAAGACCUGGGGAGCGGGGAGCAGGGUGGCGGGGCCCAGUCUCCUCCGCAGCUGCGAGGGCGCCGGAGUCGGGAGCUGCCCCCACAUCCCGGCCGGGGCGGGGGACUGGACGGGGAGCGGAGCGGAGCGCCUGCCCGCGGUCGCGCCCACUGCAGCGCGAGGGGCACGUGGGCUUCCCGGCAGCUCUCCACGCCUUCUGGUUCGUUGGCCCCUUUUCUCCUACUAGUCUGGAGUUUGGGGUGUCGCCGUGAACCCAGGCAGCAGCUUUGGGUUGCAGGCAGGGUUCAGACACGCUGCUUCCCCAACCAGAAAUACCAGUUUGGAACACUGCUUGUCUAUGCUGAAAGACCUCUCACAGACAACCACAGAUCACUGGCUUCUUAUGGCUUGAAAGAUGGGGACGUGGUGAUCUUACGACAGAAGGAGAAUGCAGACCCUCGACCUGCAGUGCAGUUUCCAAACUUACCCCGGAUAGACUUCAGCAGCAUAGCUGUGCCUGGCACGUCCAGUCCCUGCCAGCGCCAGGCAGCAGGCGCACAGCAGCCCCACUCAUCUCCUGGAGAAAUAGCAUCCUCUCCUCAGGGCUUGGACAACCCAGCCCUGCUCCGAGACAUGCUGCUGGCCAACCCACAUGAGCUGUCCUUGCUGAAGGAGCGCAACCCACCCCUGGCAGAAGCCCUGCUCAGUGGAGAUCUUGAGAGAUUUUCCAGAGUCCUGGUAGAGCAGCAGCAGGACCGAGCCCGGAGAGAGCAAGAAAGGAUCCGUCUCUUUUCUGCUGACCCCUUUGAUCUUGAAGCUCAGGCAAAGAUAGAAGAGGAUAUCAGGCAACAAAACAUUGAGGAAAACAUGACAAUAGCUAUGGAAGAGGCUCCUGAAAGCUUUGGCCAAGUGGUGAUGCUUUAUAUUAACUGCAAAGUGAAUGGACAUCCUGUGAAAGCCUUUGUUGACUCAGGUGCCCAGAUGACUAUCAUGAGCCAGUCCUGUGCAGAAAGGUGUAAUAUAAUGAGACUGGUGGACCGUCGGUGGGCAGGAAUUGCCAAAGGAGUAGGCACCCAGAAGAUUAUUGGAAGGGUACACCUAGCUCAGGUUCAGAUUGAAGGAGACUUCCUGGCAUGUUCCUUCUCUAUUCUUGAGGAGCAGCCCAUGGACAUGCUUCUGGGACUGGACAUGCUUAAACGGCACCAGUGUUCCAUUGAUCUCAAGAAAAAUGUACUGGUGAUCGGCACCACAGGCUCACAGACAACCUUCCUUCCCGAGGGAGAGCUACCAGAGUGUGCCCGCUUGGCAUAUGGCACCGGGCGAGAGGAUAUCCGGCCAGAGGAAAUUGCAGACCAAGAGUUAGCAGAAGCCAUUCAGAAAUCAGCAGAGGAUGCAGAGAAAAGCGGUAAAGAAUCUACCUCACUGGGAAUGUCAUCAUUACCAACUUCAGAUGGAUUUACCCCUCCAGCCCAUUCUUCAGGACCAAGUCCUGAGAUUGGUAAUCCUACGAGUCUUGCUCACUCUGCCUCUGCUUCAGUCUGCCCUAUUGAGCCCAGUGACCCAGAUAGCAUUCAGCCUAAAGCUGUAAAGGCUUUGAAGGCUUCAGUUGAAUUCCAGAUGAACUCAAAAAAGAAAGAACUUCUUCCUCUACAGGAUCCUUCUGAUCAUGCUUCCUCAGCAGACCAGAGUCCAGCUAUGCCUUUGCAUAAUUCAUCUGAAGAAGCAGUCAUUAGAGAUAAUCUGGAGAAAUCUGCUGAAAGAAGCAGCCAGGGCCUCAAACUUUAUCUCCAUACAAGACAGGAAGCUAGUUUAUCUGUCACAACUGCUAGGAUGCAUGAACCACUGAUGCUUGUAGACAAAAAAGGUUGGCACCCAGAAAAUCAGAACCUGCGUCAACUCAAUGGCCUUCACCAACACACAGAACCAGGGAACAAACAGCAUGAGGUACAGCAGAAUGCUCCUCAUGACCAAGGACAUCUUUGUGACCUGGGGGACAUUCAGCUUCCUGAAGAAAAGCAACAGGAUCAACAGAAAAUUGUUGGUUUGAAAGCUUCGAUGAAGGAAGAGGGGCUACAGCAGAACUCGGAUCUACCCAGCCCAGAGAAAAGCUUUCUACCUUCAGGAUGCUUUGGCUCCUCAAAUUCAGAAAUGCUUAUGGAAAUAGAGGUGGUUGAACAGUCCGUAGUUGCUGUGCUUAAGUCAACAGGCAGUCAGAAUGCCAAUGUCGAGAACAUUGGUGUAUCUAGUCUCACUUCAGAUAAUCCCUUGAUGGAAGUAGAAACAUCAAAAUGUAAUCCUUCGUCUGCAAGUGUGAAUAAUUCCAUUUCCACUCAGGAUUUACAGCCCCCAGAAAGUAACAUUGAAAUGUCUGGAACCAAUAAUGAAUAUGGCAACAGCCUACCUUCUCUCAAUCUCUGUGGCAGUUGUCAGCCCUCUGUGGAGUCAACAGAAGAAUCUUGUUCAUCUGUAACAGCAGCCUUGAAAGAACUUCAUGAACUUUUGGUCAGUAGUAGUAAGCCAGCUCCAGAAAAUACAUCUAAAGUUAUCUGUCAGUCAGAAACGAUACCUGAGGGCCAAACAGGUGUUAAAGACUUUUCAGAAAGAUGGACUCAGAAUGAUCACCUGGCCCACAGAGAACCGUGUCCACAAGUCUUCUGUCAUCAGGCCAGUUCUGUAUCAGUGAAGUCAGAAAGCUUAGGCGCUGUGUCUGGCACUGGAACAGAAGACACAGAAGAUUCUAGCUCCCAGGGUCAAAGUGAUGGUCUGUCAGCUGACAAGAAAGGUGUCCCCAGAUUUAGAGAGUCAGUGAGUGAGAGCAAUUCUGUCACUAUAACCUCAGCUGAAUCAUCUAAUCAGUUACAUUGCACCUUAGGUGUAGAAAUUUCACCCAGUCUCACAGCCAGUGAGGAUGCCCUCAGUCAGACUUCUGAGCAAACUGAGUCUUUGCCAUCUAGUUUUAUACUGGUUAAAGAUCUGGGUCGUGGCAUACAGAGUCUGGUAACAGACAGGCUCGAAACCAGAGAAAAUGCCUGUCCUGACACUGCGAGGCCAUUUCUUGAAUUGGAUCCACUUACCAGUCAUCCAUCAAGUCCUUCCCUUCUUUCACCCUUAAUUUUUCCUGCCACAGAUAUUGACCGGAUUCUCCGGGCUGGCUUUACUUUGCAGGAAGCUCUUGGGGCAUUGCAUCGAGUUGGAGGAAAUGCAGACCUUGCACUUCUUGUUUUGCUAGCAAAGAACAUUGUAGUUCCUACAUAACUAUGGGAAAGUGGGCUAGACCAUACUCCAUUCCCUUUAAAAAAAAAAAAAAAAACGCUCUAUAUAUACACACAUAUAUACACUCUCGACAUACACAGUAUAUUUAGAAACCUGCAAGCAGAAUGUUGAGCCAGAUUUUUUUUUUUAAAGAUUUUUUUCGGCCAAAGUAAUUUAUGAUCUUUUGUCUGAUUAAUUUGUCUAUUCUACUUGUUAAAUUCUGGGCCUUUUAAAAUGUAUUGGCAGUAUGUGCAUACAAAGCUUUUUAUUCUCAUUAAGGUGAUGUAUUCUGGAAUAAAAUGGAUGGUUUUGUUUAUAGCAUAACAUUUUAGAAUGAGAGUGAAUGCUUUAAAAAGCAGAGGCCAUGAGAAACCCACCGCCCAUGCAAUUACAAACAGAUGAGCUUCUCACUAUGGCUUUGUCUCUGCUACAGGCAGGGUAUGGCUUACUGACUCAGUCAUCAAUUUAGAAACUUUUGACCAUACAGCUUGGUGUUUGGAAUUUUACACAGUGUCUGUGUAUUAUGAUUCACCGAUUAUAACAGGAAAUUGAAGAAUAAUUUAAUAUAUCCUAGAGUGGUAUGCUUUUAUUUGUGUGCUCAGAACUUUGACAUUUUAAGAGUGAUGGGGGGAGUUAAAAUUUGGGCUACUUUGUGAAUCGCAAGCUGCAGUAUACCUGGGUUGAUUGCCAAAUAUCUUUGUUACAUUGGGUGGGAUAUCUUAGAACUAACAUUAGAUUGAAACAUGGUGCUACCCAGAAUUUAAAAGGGAAGGGAUAAAAGGCCCCAACGUUAUUCCGUUUGCAAAUGUCAAGGACUUUGCAAGAAAAAUGGCCUAAACACUGGAAUUUACUAAAGAUUGGGUUUGCUAGCAUCUCCCCGAUAGCACCUCAACCCUUAACGACUAAUGAUGAACGCAAGCUUAGCUACAUGGGUUGAUUGCCAGCAGCUUAUUUCCUUUCCAAACUCACCUUCUACUAGGAAGUUCUUCCAGAACAUUUGGUUGCUAUCUGAGUGAGACAUUGAAGUGUGAUAAUCUUGUCACUGGUUCAUCUUGGUGCUUAGAAUGGUCAAUUUGGUGUCAUUCAUGGCAGUGAAAAUAGUAGUUUCUGACUUAAGUGGCCUUGGUAAAGUUUUCCAUCCCUUUCUUUCCUCAGGAGUUUCUUUUUAAAGCAAGAUUCAUGUUUGUGUUUACUGUGUCAAAUUAGAGUGGGGCAAAAUAUAUAGAAGUAUUGUGGCCUUUUUUUUAAUAUAAGGACUAGCCCUUGGAAGUCAUUGUCCUGUGGGCCCCACUGUGCAAUAAUCCUACUGGAUAGGUUUUCGACAAUUCUUUCCUAGAAAAUGAACUGUUCUUUUAGGUACCUAGCAGGAAUCUGAAAUCUUGUUUUGUUUUUUAAGAAUUUUGAAAGCCAGGUGUGGUGGUACAUACCUGUAAUCCCAGCCCUCUGAAGGCUGAGGCAGAGGACUACAAGUUUGAGAUCAGCCUGAGCUACAUAAUGAGACCCUGUCUGAAGAAAAAAACAGUGAGCCUGGGGAUGUAGCUCAGUAUCACUGCGCCUGCCUGGCAAGUGCAAGUUUCUAAGUUCAAUUCCCAGUACCCCCCAAAAAGAAAAAAUAAUAAAAAUUUUAGAAAGUUAAUUUGAGAAUGAUUAUUCCUGAUUCCAGAUUAUAGUUUGCAACAUGUCUGAAACACAAGCUUUUGAAAGAAUGAUUGCUAAACUGAAGAGUUAAAUGAUUUUUUUUUUUCUGGUCUCUGAAAGCUUGUUCUUUCCAUCAAAAUUGAAUCACUGAGCACAAUCAAAACAGACUCAUCUCAGGAGUUUUUGAAACUUUAAUUAGGGACACUUGGAGGCAACUCCCAGUUUCUUUUUCUUUGCUGUGUUGUUUGUAUGUGUGCUCGGAGACUUCAGUGACCUGAUGUAGGUCACACGUAGAUGCAUCAUGAUCCUUUCUGAAGUUAGGAAACUCUUGACAAAAGGAGCGGUAGUCUUCUAUUGUCCAGUGGGUGCUGAGAACAACAGGUGAACCUGGCUGUCUUUAAACUUACAGGCACCCACAUGUCGUAGACUCUUGCUUGCCCUACACCAAAGAUGUAAGAUGCACUAGGAAGCUGUUAUAGGAUUUGUCAACCGACUCAGAGCUGUGAUUGUAGUUAAAUGGUUGGUGCUAUGACUGAGGCAAAAUCCAGCAGCAGUGCAGGGGGGCCCUGUAUUUGCUUUAUGGAUGGUGGUUUGAGAGUGUAUUUUAGAGUUGGUUUGGUUUGGUUUGGUUUUGUACCGGGGAUCAAACUCGGGUCCUUGCGCUUGCCAGCAGGUAGCAAAACCACUGAGCUAAAUCCCCAGCCCUAGGGUCUUAAAUCAGGGCACAGGGUGGGGUGGGUAAGGGAACUUCUCAGCGACAACUCUGCCAAAAGGCCUGUGUAAAGGUGGCCACAGGGCUUUUUGUGUGAGACUCCAGUGCCCUGCUCAGCAGCUGGCCACUGACUUUUUUUUUUUUUUUUGGUACUGGGAAUCGAACUCAUCCUUCUGCUUGCAGGGCAGUCGGUGGAACCACUGAGCUAAAUCCCCUGCCUGGCCCUGGCCACUGACUUUAUAAUGUUGAGGUUUGGGAAACUGUCCCAGGUGGAGUACAUAAUGUCAGUCUGGAAAAGAUUUCAUUAUAGUAAUUUUGAUGUAUGUAUCUGUAUAUUUAUUUUUAGGAAAAUUGAACAGGCUUAUAGUUGUACAGGUAUUCUUUUUAAAAAUACUUUCAAUGAGCUUAACCCACUUGCCAAAUCCCUUUUGAUCUUUUUUUUUUAACAUACACUUGCUUUUGAUUUUUAAAAUAUCACUGUCUAUCACAUCAUUUAUAUAAAAAUAAAAUUGUUGACAUUGUUAGGAUUUUUAAUUUUUAUGUUAUUGGUUUUUUUGGUACCAGGUAUUGAACUCGGGUACUUGCACUUGCGCAGCAGGCGGUGAAACCACUGAGCUAAAUCCCUGGCCCAUUGUUAGGAUUUUGAAUGAUUUUUUUUAAUUUAACAGUUCUAGACCAUAAAGGGGAUUAGGAAUAUUACACUAUUGAAGCUGUAGUGUCAGUUUUCAUUCAGUGUUUUAACACUUAAGAACUUCAGAAAUAUGGGCCGGGAAUUUAUCUCAGUGGUUCUGCUGCCUGCCUCGCAAGCACAAGAUCCCAAGUUUGAUCCCCAAUACCAAAAAAAAAAACUUCAGAAGUGCAGAAAUUAUAUAUCAACUUCUAAAAAUAAGAUCAAGCCAUGGUAAACCCCUCUGAUAAAUCCCGUACCUUCUCAGGCCAGUCCUGUGUCAGCACUUACAUCUAGGGCAGUCUCUGCUUAUUCACCAAAGAGAAGAGGGUUUCCUCCUGUAAGACUUGUUUCAUUCCCUUCAGUCAGUGCCUGUGUAAAAGGGUGCACUUGGCAACCAGACUGCUAUACCUAGGCUGUAGAUUUUGCUUUUUGGCACUUAAAAGAGUUAUCUCCAGUUCUGCCUCUUUAGGCCUCUAGACAGCCAGGAACCUUACUGCCACAGUUUGGGCCUUAACUGUUAAUGGAUAGAGAUCAAAGGAAGCUGGGUAGAUUGUGUGUGUGUGUGUGUGUGUGUGUGUGAGAGAGAGAGAGAGAGAGAAUCCUGUCUUGUGGCCUACACUUCCCAGAGCUCCUUGACUCCAUACUGAGUCACUCAUACUCAGCAUUGAAGGGAGACGCAGCCCCGUGUGUUUGUUCCCCAAAGCAUUUCUUUAGCAAGAGGCCACCUAGGAAUGAAAUACAAGACUUUGUGUCACUCAUUUUGUGAUCCCCAAUUGAUGUGGAAUCUGCCUGUUCUUCCCUAUCACAGCUAUCUCUAAUGAAAGCCAUAAAAAUUGUUGGUGUGACUUUUCAGCUCAUGUCUAUAAAUACAUGUGUGAGCUAUUACAUAUGGUGAUUGACAAAUGUCUUAGAGUUAAUUUUGCAUAGAUUAAAAAGCAAUUUUUAUAUCUAUAGAUGUAGUCUUUAUUUACGGUGGCUUUUAUCCCACCAUGUAUAUAAUAAACUGCCUUGCAAAUAACUAGCCUGGAGAGUCACCUUGCAUUCAAAUUGUCUUUCCCUACUGUUGGUCACCUGUGUUGAGGGUGCAAAGGAAGGUUGAACUCUGCACAUUUCAAACUUACUGUCCCUGGCAAUGCAUCCUAGAGAAGCUAACCAGGGCCUGGGGUGAGCUCAGUGGUAUAGCACGUGCUUAGCAUGUGAGGCCCUGACUUUGAUCCCCAGCACCAAAAAAAAUCCAUAUAUAAUAAAUACAAGACACUAAGUUGUGUUCUCUCUCGAGCACUCUCACCCAGAAGCCUGUUUUCUCAUUUGAAUUUGGUGACAGUGUAGUCUGGCUGAAGACACAGUUAUAUAAGUUUCCCUUCCUAGAAAAUGAAUGUUAUUUGUAGUAUUAGGAGUUCCAUAAAAUAAAAAUAGCCUUUUCUCCCCAGAGAAUUCAUGCUGAUUCCUCUUACGCAGUAAAGUUGAUUGAGAGCCUGUCCUUUGAACUGGAAUGUGAAGUCAUGGUACAAGUUUUAUACUUAGUGGAGCCUCGGGAUGGGAGGGUUGCUAUAUGGGAUUUUGCAUCUGGUAAAUCAAAAGUGGCUCUCUAGUAUAGUUUAUUAUGUUCUUCAUUAUACUAUCAGUGUUAGGAUGGAUAAGAGAGAAAAAACUUGAGAAAUUCUGUUACAUAUUUAAAAGGAAGUUACUACCUUCCAGCCUAUGCAACAUGAGUUUUGAGAUAGGGCCUUGCUAUGUAGCACAAGCAGGCCUUAGGAUGAUCCUCAUGCCUCAGCCUCCCACGUACUGGGAUUACAGGCAUGUACCACUAUGCUUUGUUUUCUUUUUUUGUGUCUGAAACAGUGUCACUCUGUAGUUAAGGCUGUCUUAAACUCACUAUGUAGCCGCACCCCCCCCCCCAACUCACAGGACUUCUGCCUCAGCCUCCUGAGUGCUGGGAUUACAGAAGGGCACCCGAAUCCCUGGCUUGCAGGAUGAAUGUUUGAGGCUUCUGUUACUUUUUCAUCUACUUAUCAAAUACUGAAUGCCCACAUGCCAGGCACUGAUGGACACUGGGGAUUGAGGAGUGACUUUUUUUUUUAUUGAGGGGUGACUAUUAACAGGUUAGACCCUCCCAUUGUGAGGCUUUCAGAAUAAUAGCAAGACAUGAAACAUUUUUAUUUGAAAUCUAAUAUGUAUUUUUGCUUAUAAGCCUUUUUUUCCUCUCUCCCAGGACAGGGUCCUGUGUUCUCCAGGCUGGUCUCAAGUGGGAUUCUCCAGCCUCAGGCCUUCACAUAACUGAGACUACAGGCAUGUGCCACUGCACCCAGUUAGCAUGCUUAAUUUUUUUUUUUGGUACCGGGGAUCGAACUCGGGACCUUGUGCUUACGAGGCAGGCGGCAGCAUCACUGAGCUAAAUCCCCAGCCCACACAUCCUUAAUUUUUGAAGUCAUUAGAGUUACUUGGUUCCAGUUGAGAGCCAGUUGGGAAGAAUCAAGCCCACAAUGGAAUCACAUGCUGGAAACCUGUUAACUUUUCCCCCAGUAGUGAAUAUUAAGCCCAGGGCCUUGUGCAUGUUAGGCAAGUACUGUGUCACAGAUACAUCCUCGGUCCUAGAAUUACUCUUAAAUUUUAUUAUUUUUUAAUACCAGGUAUGGCAGUGUCCAUCUGGAAUCCCAGUACUCAGGAGGCUGAGGCAGGAGGAUCAACUUUGAGGCCAGCUCCAGCUACAUAGUGAGACCCAAUCUCAAUUUUUUUUGAAGCAGAGAAACCAACAAAAUUGUAACAUUUGAUAGAAAUACUUAAAGAAAUCAGAUGCUGAGAAAUCAAUUCAUAAUGCUGCUAGGAGGAAAGGGACGGGCAGGAUAGGAGUCGAAGUUAAUGGCACCAGUGACAGGCAGCCUUCCAUCAGGACCUUCUGUGCAGGAUGGAGCUGGGAGGGUGCACACGCCACCCACACCCCUCAGCAGACAAGCACUGCUGCUUGGGAAUACUGGCCAUCUGGGCUGGCAGGACUUCACUAGGAUUCUGCAGGACGUGCUAUUUUAAAGCAGCUGAGUGCAGCAUAUGAAAACGAAUCUAGAGCAGGAAAAGUAGCAAGCCACCGUUCUGGGACUGGGUAGUAGGCAGGAUUGAUUGACAAAAGAAGUGGAGGCUCUAAAUCUCAGGAGGCCUCCACCCAAGGGAUGUUCUUUAACCCAUUAAAACUGUUAGAGCCUAUGUUGUGAUCUGAAGCAAGAAGGCAGAAUUUGAGUCUAUGAGUGUUGAGGUUCACAGGAAACUGAUGUGUCUGGCUGGUCACUAGAGCAUUGGGGCUGUAAACCCGAGGGCUCAGCCAAGGGUGUAGGACACCACCAUAAGGAAUGAAGCUGGCCAAGUGGCACAAGGGCAUAGGGGUUAGAGGAUAUUUCUUUACUAAAAUAUUAAACUACAGAUGAUCAGGAAAUGGAGAGAGAGGACACAAAAUUGGGGUGACUUACAGAACUACAUUUCUCUGUACCAUAAGAUUUUCAUUGUCUGAUUUGGGGAAGGAUCAGGUUGAGGCAUUUUUUUCUUAGGAAAUUUCACCUGAUGGGAAAUGAUUUUGUUUAAUUUGCAACCUUGAGUGAAUGGGUCUGUGGCCUAAAGAAGGGUAGAUGUGUGUUUCCUGCCAGAGCCAGUCAGGUCAGUUUAGUUUCCAGAUUUCUUGACCAGGCUACGUUUGAACUCCUUAAAAGUCCACAAGACUUUGGAGUGUUAUGCCACCCACCCAAAAGCUUUCUAUCUGAAUGCUUAGAUUUCUGUUCACUCCUGAUCACCCUUUUGAAAUAGUUCUGGUGAUAGAACAUUUCUACACACUGGUUAAAUUUGCUUUUUUCACCAUGUACCUACAAUAAAAAUUGGCUUACGUGUUUUUAUUCCAAAUCCAAAUGUUGAUGGCAAGUUGGGCUAAUGGCCUUUGCACUCAAGAUUUGUUUACCAGUUUUAUAGCCAUAUUUGGCAAACUACUAAUAGAAACCCCUCUUUUCUUUCCCUUUUUUCUUUGUAUUGCAAGAUUUUCUUUAACCUUUAAGACUACUGCAUCUUACAAGAAGAACUAGACUGACUGGCAAAAUAGUCUUGCUAGUAGCUCAGUUGCUCCCAAAUGCUUUGGUUUUGAGAGUUGGGAAAACUCUGAGAACUUAAGGGAACCAAACUCAGGAACCCCAAAGUUGGUUGCAUUGUGCCAUUUAGUUUAGGGGCUGAACGUAGGACCUGUCUACAGCUGAGUGAACUCAAUGCCUUUGAGUUUGAAUUUGUGUCAUACUGAAAAUGUAAGUCAGCCCUAAGUAAUCAAACACUUUAUUUUAUUUUUCUUUUUUAAUAGGAACUUUCUGAAGAAAAAAUGAUGUGUAAAACAUUUGAUAUUUAAGACAAUAAAGUUUUUACCAUAAGAA